GGAAGGUGUUUGCAGCGCACAGCAGUGUCGGCACCCUCGAUGAAGAGGUCUCUGUCAUGGAAAUACCCUUGAAUCGUGGCAAAAUGUCUGAUAUUAGGUAAACGGAGAAAUAGAAAACAAACAGAGAACAUGCUACCGUGAGUUCAACACGUUUCGCCGAAGGAGACAGGAGAAGCGGUCUGUCUUUGGAGGUUUCUGUCGCCUAUGCGUCACCGGUUUGGCAAGGGGGGGAGAUCGACCUACAGAACAAAAAUUGGGCAAAAAAGGAAGAAAGCCCAGAAAAGAAAGGAAGAUUUCUUCCCCACUCCAAGCAAUAUGGCUGAUGAGUGGGUUCGGGGGCGCUGGCAGCAGCCUUCCAGAGCCUCUGGAUGCUAGCUUUGGCAGAUGGCAACAUUUCUGAAGGCAUCGUAAGCUUUAGAACGAGUGAUAUUAAUAAUAAUAUAAAUCAGGACUCGUCCUCCGUCUACAUGUCCAAGAUGGAUGCAGUGGUCAUCCCUUACACUCCAGACGUGCCCUGCGAUAGCAAUGGUCAGCGUAUGUGGUGGGCUUUUCUGGCUUCGUCCAUGGUUACUUUCUUCGGGGGUCUGUUUAUCAUCCUUCUCUGGAGGACCCUUAAGUACCUGUGGACUGUGUGCUGCCACUGCAACAUCAAAAACAAGGAGGCACAGAAGAUCAACACUAGUACAGUUAAUCAAGCUGAUGGAUCCACAAAGAAUCCAGAUGAUAAGGAAGAAAGCCCAGCUAGUGAAGUGGGCUGGAUGACCUCGGUAAAAGACUGGGCUGGAGUUAUGAUAUCUGCACAGACAUUAACCGGCCGAGUUCUUGUUGUCUUAGUGUUUGCUCUCAGCAUUGGUGCACUUGUAAUAUACUUCAUAGAUUCUUCCGACCCCAUAGAAUCCUGUCAGAACUUCUACAAAGAUUUCACAUUACAGAUCGACAUGGCUUUCAACGUGUUCUUCUUACUCUACUUUGGUUUGCGAUUUAUUGCAGCCAAUGAUAAACUGUGGUUCUGGCUGGAGGUGAACUCAGUAGUAGAUUUCUUUACCGUUCCCCCAGUAUUUGUAUCUGUAUAUUUAAACAGAAGCUGGCUUGGUCUGAGGUUUCUAAGGGCCUUAAGAUUGAUACAGUUCUCAGAAAUAUUGCAGUUUUUGAAUAUAUUAAAAACAAGCAAUUCCAUCAAACUUGUGAACCUGCUGUCAAUAUUUAUAAGCACAUGGCUAACAGCAGCUGGCUUCAUACAUUUGGUGGAGAACUCAGGGGACCCUUGGGAAAACUUCCAAAAUUCCCAACAAUUGACAUAUUGGGAAUGUGUCUAUUUACUCAUGGUAACCAUGUCCACAGUGGGUUAUGGAGAUGUUUAUGCAAAAACAACCCUUGGACGCCUUUUCAUGGUCUUCUUCAUCCUCGGUGGUUUGGCCAUGUUUGCCAGCUACGUCCCUGAAAUCAUAGAAUUAAUAGGAAACCGCAAGAAAUAUGGUGGUUCCUAUAGUGCAGUUAAUGGAAGAAAGCAUAUAGUGGUUUGUGGUCAUAUUACUCUUGAAAGUGUAUCCAACUUCCUUAAAGACUUCCUACACAAGGACAGGGAUGAUGUCAAUGUAGAAAUUGUUUUUCUCCAUAAUAUUUCCCCUAAUCUUGAGCUGGAAGCCUUAUUUAAGCGGCACUUUACUCAGGUGGAAUUUUACCAGGGAUCUGUUCUUAAUCCCCAUGAUCUGGCCAGAGUAAAGAUAGAGUCAGCAGAUGCUUGUUUAAUCCUGGCAAAUAAAUACUGUGCGGAUCCUGAUGCUGAAGAUGCCUCUAAUAUAAUGAGAGUUAUUUCAAUCAAAAAUUAUCAUCCAAAGAUAAGAAUCAUCACUCAAAUGUUGCAAUAUCACAAUAAGGCCCAUCUGUUAAACAUUCCUAGUUGGAAUUGGAAGGAAGGAGAUGAUGCAAUCUGCCUUGCAGAGUUAAAGUUAGGCUUUAUAGCCCAAAGUUGUUUGGCUCAAGGUCUCUCCACAAUGCUAGCCAACCUCUUCUCUAUGCGGUCAUUUAUCAAGAUUGAAGAGGACACAUGGCAGAAAUACUAUCUUGAAGGUGUGGCCAAUGAAAUGUAUACUGAGUAUCUCUCUAGUGCCUUUGUGGGGCUGUCCUUUCCCAUGGUUUGUGAAUUAUGUUAUGUAAAACUGAAGCUAUUAUUGAUAGCCAUAGAGUACAAAUCUGACAAAAGAGAAAGCAGAAGCCGAAAGCGUAUUCUUAUUAACCCUGGAAAUCAUGUAAAGAUGCAAGAAGGUACUUUGGGAUUCUUUAUAGCCAGUGAUGCCAAAGAAGUGAAAAGGGCAUUUUUCUACUGUAAAGCUUGCCAUGAUGACAUCACAGAUCCCAAAAGGAUCAAAAAGUGUGGCUGCAAACGGCUAAAGGAUGAAGUUAAACCAAUAUACCAAAACCAGUCAUAUAAAGUCUACACUGCAACUAAUUCUCUUCUAAAACCAAAGACAUUUGAAGAACUUUUUGAGCCUGUUCCUCUAGUCAAUAACCGUAAGGGAAGUCUAUACUUGCCUGGUGACCGUUCACUACGCCUUGGUCCUGUGAGUCUUAGUGAACAUGGAAGACCAGCCCCAAGCAGGUUACAACGGGCAUGCAGUCUGCCUGUGAAAUACAGAUACCACCCAUCUAGCUCAGCAGUGAAUCAUGACCCUAUCGAAGAUGAGCAUCCAUCAACACUGUCACCUAAAAAAAAGCAGCGAAAUGGAGGCAUGCGAAAUUCACCCAACUGUUCUCCCAAAAUGAUGAGACAUGAUCCUUUGCUUAUUCCGGGGAAUGAACAAAUUGAAAACAUUGAUGCUAAUGUGAAGAAGUAUGAUUCCACAGGGAUGUUUCACUGGUGCCCAUCCAAAGAUAUUGAGAAAGUUAUCUUGACACGAAGUGAAGCUGCAAUGACAGUUUUAAGCGGACAUGUUGUUGUCUGUAUCUUCGGUGAUGUCAAGUCUGCGCUAGUCGGUUUGAGAAAUCUGGUGAUGCCUUUACGUGCAAGCAAUUUUCACUAUCAUGAACUUAAGCAUAUUGUCUUUGUUGGAUCCUUGGAGUACCUUAGACGAGAAUGGGAGACAUUACACAAUUUUCCUAAGGUGUCAAUUUUACCAGGUACGCCAUUAAGUCGGGCUGAUUUAAGGGCUGUCAACAUCAACCUCUGCGACAUGUGUGUUAUCCUGUCAGCCAAUCAGAACAAUAUCGAUGAUGCUUCGCUGCAGGACAAGGAAUGCAUCUUGGCGUCACUCAACAUCAAAUCUAUGCAGUUUGAUGACAGCAUUGGGGUCUUGCAGGCUAAUUCCCAAGGAUUUACUCCUCCAGGGAUGGACCGGUCAUCUCCAGACAACAGCCCAGUUCACGGCUUAGUUCGACAAGCUUCUGUUACAACGGGAGCGAAUAUUCCAAUUAUCACAGAACUUGCUAAACCUGGCAAACUACUGCCUUUGGUUUCAUUCAGUCAGGAAAAAAACAGUGGAGCCAACAUUCAAAUGAUAACUGAACUGGUGAAUGACUCCAAUGUUCAGUUUCUGGACCAAGAUGAUGAUGAUGAUCCUGACACUGAGUUGUAUCUUACUCAGCCCUUUGCUUGUGGAACUGCUUUUGCUGUCAGCGUAUUAGACUCAUUAAUGAGUGCAACAUACUUCAAUGAUAAUAUCCUCACAUUGAUACGGACAUUAGUAACUGGAGGAGCAACACCAGAGCUGGAGGCUCUUUUGGCUGAAGAAAAUGCACUUCGUGGUGGCUACAGCACUCCACAGACACUCGCAAACAGGGACAGGUGUCGUGUUGCUCAGCUGGCAUUAUAUGAUGGCCCAUUUGCAGAUUUAGGGGAUGGAGGUUGUUAUGGUGAUCUGUUUUGUAAGGCACUGAAGACAUAUAAUAUGCUGUGUUUUGGAAUUUAUCGACUAAGAGAUGCCCAUAUAAGUGCGACAAGCCAGUGCACUAAGCGUUAUGUUAUUACCAAUCCUCCAUAUGAGUUUGAGCUUGUCCCUACGGAUCUGAUCUUCUGCUUAAUGCAGUUUGACCACAAUGCUGGCCAGUCAAGAACCAGUUUAUCACAUUCAUCUCACUCUUCCCACUCUUCCAGCAAGAAAAGCUCAUCUGUUCACUCAAUCCCAACAGCCAAUAGGCAAAACCGCAGCAAGGCUCGGGAGUCUCGUGAAAAACAGAAUGCAACAAGGAUGAAUAGAAUGGGCCAAGAAAAGAAAUGGUUUACAGAUGAACCAGAAAAUGUGUAUCCAAGGAACAUUCAGAUCAAGCCCAUGAGCACUCACAUGGCCAAUCAAGUCAAUCAGUAUAAGUCAACAAGCAGCCUGAUUCCACCAAUCAGAGAAGUUGAAGAUGAAUGCUGAGAACAAGACACUUCAAAAAAUGGUGGCAAUGGACUUAUUCUCCAUGAAGGGUGGCACGUCAUAACUCCUACUGUACUUUUUGACCCACUGGCAAAGGAUCAAAUACUAAAAUGCUGACAGAAAGGGACCCUCCUACUGUACCUUUGAAAUAUAACUUCCAUUCUUUUGGACAAUGUUUUAUUUAUAAAUACAUAUAUAUAUAUAUAUAUAUAAUAUAAUAUAAAUAUAUAUAUAAAGACAAUCAAAUGAUCAUUGUACAGCCCCUAGCACUUUUAAAAUUAUUUUUUUUCAUUGUUAGAAAGAAUAAAGUUUUACUUCCUCAAAGUCUUUGCAAUAGUAGAGCUCUUUUGUGGCCAGACUCCAUCACACCCUGUUUGGAGAAUGAGGGUCACUCGAGUGAAAGUUUAAAAGGACGUUUUCCAAAGAACUUCAAAGUACAUUAUCUACAUGUGUCAGACACAUUUUGUUCAGCAUUGCAUAACAACCUAUUAUUAUCCAUAUUUUACCCUUUUAAUGUUUGCAGAAAAAUGGAAAUUCAUUUUAGCAAAAUGAGAAUGUAAUAUCCAAAUAUCAAUUAUGAUACAAACAAUAUUAAUCUCAGUUCAAUUAUCUGUCUGAGGAACAUCCAGAACAGGGCAUGUCUUUUCUUGUAUUAUCCGUAAAAGAAUCAGCCUAUUGUCUGCAAUUGAUAAUAUGAUGCUUUGUCCAAAUCCAUACCAAAAGUAUUUUUUACAUUAUUUGUCUCUCCCAUAUCCACUGUUGGACUGAAAAGAGACACACGUAUACUUGUAUGAUCAUUUGAUGAUUUACGAUUUUUCAUUUGCUCCUGUUUGCAUCAUGUCCUGACCUUUUUUUAUGCCUUGGCAUGACUUCACAGUUUCCCAUGUGUGAUUAUAGUCUUAUUGCAGAAAAAAUCUACCUUGAAUGACCCAGGAGUUCUACUCUGGGGAGCCAAUUCUAAGACUGUCAGGUAGUGUGUUGCCCAAUUAGAAUGCUAAUACAAAAUUAAAUUAAAAUCAUUUAAUUAAAUGAUCAAAUUGCAUAAACCAUCCGAAUGGGCAGCUGGGUAAAUGCUUCCUGUAAUAAGGAACCACAUUAUCUGGAAUUUGGUACAAAAUGCAAAAAGGUGUCAUCUUUAAGAGUUCAGAGAUUCUGUAGGGGACACCCUACAAACAAAUGAGCAGAUGUCCUUAUGUUUUCUGUAAACCUGCACAAGUUUUAUCACCAGUUUUAUUUCUGGCCAAAAUUUCCAUUUCCAAAUGUUUUUGAAUCAUAAAUUAUGCUCAUUUAUUUCUGAUGACUCAAUGCAUUUGCCAUUGGAUGUGCUAAAUGUAGAAAUCUAGUUGGAAACUCUUUUCAAUGGACAACAAUCUUUCAGGAAAUAUGAACACCUCUUAGAGCUCAGGGGGUCUUGGUGGGUCUUUCUUGGCUUUGAUUACUGUUUGGCACAUGUUUUGCCAUGGAGACAAUAAGUGCUUGGAUGUUCUCCAUGCCAAAGUCAUGAUGUCACUUUAAAAUUUGGCUAUUGUAGGAUUUGACCUUCCUAUUUUAUUAUCGGGUGAUAAAACUUGUAAAUGGUGUGUAGUUACUGAAAAACAUAAGGACUUCUAGAACUGAAGUAUUCUUGGCAAGGAUUUCUGUGUUUGGUCUGAAAAUGAGAAUGGUUUGUUCACAAAGACAUUUGUUAAACUUCUGUAGUUCUUUUAUAGAUUCACAGAAUCAGGUAAGUUUUGCUAUGGCUAUUAUUCUAGAUAAAAAUUAUAAAGAGUGUAUAUUACUGAAAUAUCAGGACAUACAAACUUGAACAUAAAUGUUUUGGUACAUUUGUACCUUAAGAAAUAUUUAUUUUAUAACCAUUUUAGCAAUAUUUCCAUUAAAGCUAUUUUUAUCUGUUUAUUUUUAUACAUUUUUAUUAAAUAUCCACAGCAUUCAGGUUAUUAGAAAAAGAUGAGUGAUUGAAAAAAGGAUGAUUAUUUGUAAAAACCCAACUGCAGCCAGAAUUACAACAAAAUGAUAAUCAGAGUUUUCAAGAAUAGCUACAGUAAUAUCUUUAGAUGCUACAUUCACUAUGAGGAGCCUUCAAGUUCCAUGCUAGGGAAUUUAUGAAAAUUAUUCCAAGAGUAGAUUUUUGUGAUCAUUGUACACAAAGUUCCAUGCCAGGGACAAGGUAAUACAUUCUGGCAAACACUGGUGCAUUUGCUUUGCAUCUCAUAAGGCGACACUGAUUGAUCGAAAAUGCACUGUUAUUCUAACCAGCUAGUAAACAUUAAAAAGGAAAUAAAACACUUGUACCUGUAAUUCUGAUAAGAGUUUCAGUUUAGUCAUGGUUAUCUGGCCUAAAUGAAGUUUCAUUAGUGAUUGACAUAUCAAGUCUGAAUACUCCAAAUGUGUAUAAUAAUACAAGGCCACAGCAACAACAAAUACAAUUGUACUCUCUCCAGAUCGUAAACAUUUAGAAAAUAUGUAAGACUUCUUGCAGUGUUUUCAUCAGUGGAUAAAAAAAUCAUAGCAGGUGAAUUUGCUGUGUCAUUUUUUUUCCAGACUAGUCUAAUUUUUUUAUGCAAAAGUCUCAGCUUUGCUGUUUGUCUACUGGCUGUGGUAUGCAGUCGAUCACGCGACAGUCAAAUCAGCUUUGUUCUGGGGUGACAUUUUGAAUUGUGAAUACAUUGAAUUGUUGUUACAUCUUGUAGCAAGUAGACUUCAUUGAAACAAUGUGAAUAAAAUGUAUGUUAAAUUGGACUGUUGAUAAUAUACUUGCUAGCCUGAAGUAUUCCACAAUUUAAAUGCUUUUUUUCAACUUUGUCUAAAUUUAAAACAAAAAAAUCCCAAUUUUGUUUUUUUUUCAGUUUUCAAGAAAAUCACUUUGAAUAUUUUCUAAUUUGCAUUCAUUUCUUUUUUGUUUGUGCUUCUUUUUCUCAAAUGAACUGUUGACUAGUUGGAGCUUUCUAUUAGUUACUUAUUAUAUGUACUCAUGAAAUCUGGCAAUUUCAUAAUUGUUGUUGUGACACUAAAAGGAAUAUUUUAACCAAAUGAAAUAUUCAGUGGUCCAAAAUGCAAAAAAAUAACUGUUGUAUGCUGCCAAUGUUUUUUUUAAAAUGUUAGCAUCUUACUAAACUUUAUUCAAAUUCACCUUAGCAUAACAUGAUGUCAGUUCAUGUUUAUAAAAUAUAUGCAUUCUUGAUCCCCUAUAGGCGCCUUGCAUUUGCCAAAAACUGACUUUUAUAAGUGAGCGUUUAUGAUAUUAACAAUUUAGCAGAGAAGUGUCUGUAGAGUCAGGGAGACGUUUGUGCACGUGCAGGUCGGGUUCCAUCCGGCCUGCUGCUGUUCUUCGGUUCUCCAUUGCUCUCCAUUAUGGUAGUUUAUGCCCAGCUGUUUUUAAUAGAUCAAUAAAACAUGUUUUUUUUUUUCACUAAUUGAUCAAAAAACUAUAAAGAAGAACUUAAAGUAUUUGCUGAAGAAGUAGAAUAACUCCACACUUUUAUGCAGAUCAUUCCUGUUUCUAAUUUUUUUCCUGUCAGAUUUUUCACUGUAUAUUGAAUUAUAUCAUGAAGAAACGAAACUAACAUCCACACUAUUCCACAAUGUACAGCUAAAAACAAAUGGAUACAAAUUAUUUGUAGGCUGAUUGGGAGUGAGUGUGUAAAUGCCAAAUCUAUCUUUACACCUUACAUUUCCAAGUGUUUUCAAUAAAAUACUAAUUGUUUGCCAUUUAAAUAUUAUUGAGUAAUUAAACCAGAAUGUUUUUUGUAGAUUAUGAACUGAACAACUGGCAUGGAGGACAUCCAAGCCUGUUUUGCCUCUUUGCCAGGACAGUGCCAAACAGUAAUUUUUAGAGCCAAGUAGAGAAACUCAAGACCCACUAGAACCAUGAGUGACGUCCUUAAAGCAAUACUGUUGUCCAUUGAAAAAAGGUCCACACAGUUAAAUAGAGGCAUUUUUAAAUUUACCACAUCUAAUGGCAAAUGCAUUGAUCUGAAAUAAAUGACUUGUCAAUGGAACAUAACCAAAUAAAUGAGCAGUUCAAUAUUAUUUAAAAUGGCAAAAAUGUAAGGUGCAAGUCAAUAUUUUAAAUGAGUUGAGCUGAGAUAGAGAGGGCAUUUACAGUUGACAUGCUGCACAGUAAUAAUGUUGAAAAUGGUCUCUAAAAUGUUUCUUUUUUGUAAGGUAAAUUACUUAUAAACCACAUAUUAUAAGCUACAUCCAUGUGAGAAAUGAAUUUUGCAAAUACACAAACCUCAUAGCUUUGAGACAAGACACUGUAUACUGCAUAUUGCACAUACUCUAUGGUAUGUUUUUUGUUUUUUUUUUCUGGUGCCAUAUUAAAACUGCAUCAAACUAGAUUUUUAAUGUUAAAAUGACUGCUUCGCUCCUUGAAAAGCAUACUCUGUUUAUUCACAUUACCCCGAGUUUAUUACUGUUGUUUGCAACACAGAGUCAUCCUAAUGAAAAGGAGCUAAUUCAGAAUUCUGAAUAUUCAGCUCCAGUUGUACAUGAAAUGAAUCUGAGCAGCCACCAGAAUAAUAAGAAUUAAACGAGAUGACACAUCAUUUAUAUUAAUUUUUUUUUCAGAGAAACCAAAGGUAGAAUGAGAUUGGUCUCUUGUCACCUCGCUGUUACUUACAGUUACAUUUUGAGAAGCACUUAGGUAUUGUGUGUUCUUUGAGAAAAAGAAGUAUGACCUAAAAGUGUCAUUAUUUGAGUUGCUUUAGUUAAGGAAUGACUGACUGGAGAAGUUGAUGGUGCUGAGAAGAUCUACCUGACUAUGUCACAUACGAUAGCCAGUGAUAAAUAUAUUGUCUUGUACAAAAAGUUUGUACAUAAAUUGUACAUGGUUUCAUUUUGUAUUUUCUCAAAUUAAAAAUUGAUGUAUUUGUGUUCUA